AAUCCAAUUGCAUUACUCAUUGAGACAUUUGACUUUGACACAGUACAGAAAGCGAUUUGCUGGUCUUAUAAUCUUAUAAGCCAUUAUCUAGAUCAAGAGCAAAUCAACUUCCAUGGAUUUCUCUGUCAACGCCGUGAUCUUCCUAUUUCUCUCCUACCACCUCUGUGAUGCAGGAACCCGGAGCUAUAAUUCAGUCCUCACAGUGCCCAAUGGAGGGAAGUGGGGUACUUGGGGAGAAACUGAAUUAUGUCCAACGGGACAUACAAAUGGAUUCUCACUGAAGGUGGGCAUCAACGUUUCUGAGGACACCUAUGUUAAUAAUACGCCAUGUAUGAACAAAUAUGUUAUAUGUUCUAUGAAUAAGGUACAGGCAAAACAAGGUAGUGCACCGUGGCAGGAUGAUACGUCUCUGAAUGGCAUCCGUCUCCACUGCUCCAAUGGUGAAGUAGUGCAGUCUGCAGUUGGGCCAUGGGGAGAUUGGACGGAGAUUGAGAAAUGUCCGAAAGGCAUGCUGGUUUCCUUCUCUCUCAGUGUGGAAGAAUCACAAGGGCUGGGUGAUGAUACAGCAGCCAACAAUAUCCAGUUCAGCUGUGAAGAUGGGACUGGGCUGAAGGGCAACUCGUAUGAAUGGGGUACCUUUGGCCCAUGGAGCAAACGCUGCCCUGGUGGUAUGUGUGGGAUCCAGACAAAGGUGGAGGGUGAUCAGGGUAAGGGCGAUGACACAGCACUCAAUGAUGUUAAGUUCUUCUGCUGUGACUGAAUCAUCAGCAUUUCAUCCGGCUACAGUACAGCUGCCGGUGUC